CCCUUUGAAAAUUUUGCACCAUUUGUAACGAUUGUUCACCGUUUUUGGGAAUGAAGAGUUUUUUCAGUCUCAAAUACUGGCAAAGAGUAACAAUCAAGUGGUACCAGUAGAAAGCAACAACAACAAAAACAAAAACACUGUUGAGCAGAGGUACAGAUACAAUAUGUGUGUGUGUGAAGAAAUCUACUGUUUGUGAUUUGUAGAAGCAUGUGCGAAACCAGUUUGUAAGAAAACCAGUGCUUUGGACCAUGUGAUCAUUUAUUUUCCUUACUGAAUUUUCUUAGUGCAUUGAAACGUCAUCUUUACAAACCAGUGAGUUAAAGUUUUGUUUGUGAAUAUUCUUGUAUUCGAAAAUGCGACCUGAAGAAACACGUGGCUGAAUAUCCAGUUAAAAAGAAUUAUUUUAUCAAUCAUUGUAGAAAAUAAGAAACCUCAAAAUACAUCUGUCAAUACAGUGUGUCAGUGUGUUUUAAAUCAUUUACUUGUAGAUUCAAUCUUCAAGUAUAUAUAACAAUGUCGACUAGUAAGGAAAGUUUCAGAUGUAAAAUAUGUGAUCGGUUUUUUUCAUCUAGUAGUAGUCUUAAACAACAUAUGACAGUACACACUGGUGAGAAGAAUCAUAAAUGUGAAAUAUGUCAUAGUUCAUUUUCUAAGAGCAGUUAUCUUAAACAACAUAUGACAGUACACACUGGUGAGAAGAAUCAUGAAUGUGAAAUAUGCCAUCGUUUAUUUUCUCAGAGGGCUUCUCUUAAACAACAUAUAACAAUUCACACUGGUGAGAAGAAUCAUAAAUGUGAAAUAUGUCAUACUUCAUUUUCUAAUAGCAGUAAUCUUAAACAACAUCUGACAAUACACACAGGUGAGAAGAAUCAUAAGUGUGAAGUAUGUCUACGUUCAUUUUCUCGAAGAGGAGAUCUUAAAAAACAUAUGACAAUACACACUGGUGAGAAGAAUCAUAAAUGUGAAAUAUGUCAUCGUUCAUUUUCUCAGAGAAGUAAUCUUAAAACACAUAUGAUAGUACACACUGGUGAGAAGGGCCAUAAAUGUGAAAUAUGUCAUCGUUCAUUUUCUUAUAGAAGUAAUCUUAACCAACAUAUGACAAUACACACUGGUGAGAAGAAUCAUAAAUGUACAAUCUGUCAUAGUUUAUUUUCUCAGAGCAAUGGUCUUAAAGAACAUAUGACAAAACACACUGGUGAGAAGAAUCAUAAAUGUGAAAUCUGUCAUAGUUCAUUUUCUAACAACAGUAAGCUAAAAAGACACAUGACAAUACACACUGGCGAGAAGAAUCAUGAAUGUCAAAUAUGUCAUCAUUCAUUUUCUCAAAGAGGUAAUCUUAAGCAACAUAUGACAAUACACACUGGCGAGAAGAAUCAUAAAUGUGAAAUAUGUCAUCAUUCAUUUUCUCAUAGCAGUUCUCUAAAACAACAUAUGACAAUAUACACUGGUGAGAAGAAUCAUAAAUGUGAAAUAUGCCAUAAUUCAUUUUCUCGAAGUGGAGAUCUUAAAAAACAUAUGACAAUACACACUGGUGAGAAGAAUCAUACUGGUGAGAAGAAUCAUAAAUGUGAAAUCUUUCAUAGUUCAUUUUCUCAGAGCAGUAAUCUUAAACAACAUAUGACAAUACACACUGGUGAGAAGAAUCAUGAAUGUAAAAUAUGCAAUCGUUUAUUUUCUCAGAGCAGUAAUCUUAAACAACAUAUGACAAUUCAUACUGGUGAGAAGAAUCAUACAUGUGAAAUAUGUCAUAAUUCAUUUUCUCGGAAUGCAGAGCUUAAAAAACAUAUGACAAUACACACUGGUGAGAAGAAUCAUCAAUGUGAAAUCUGUCAUAGUUCAUUUUCUCAGAGAAGUAAUCUUAAACAACAUAUGGCAAUACACACUGGUGAGAAGAAUCAUAAAUGUGAAAUAUGUCACCGUUCAUUUUCUCAUAGCAGUUCUCUUAAAAAACAUAUGACAAUACACACUGACGUGAAGGAUCGAUCUUUUAAGGGUCGUCAAAGCCGACAUAGGCAUAUGAAUAUCCAUACUAACAAAAUUAUAUAUAAAUGCAAAUAUUGCAUCUGCCAGUGCUCCAACAGUUGUGAGAUGAAAAAACAUACGAGAAGGCAUAAAAAAGAGAAACUUUAUAAAUGUGAUACAUGUGAUAAAUCAUUUUUAAGGAAAAAAAAUCUUGAAUCGCACGUUGAGAUGCACAUUUAAGUAGACAAAAAUGCAUGCAAACCGUUUUAGCACUAUAUCUAUCAUGCAUAUCGUAUGAAAUGCUAUUAACUCUGGUAUACUGCUGAGACCGGAAGACAUAAAAACACAGCAAAAAAAAAAGAAAAGAAAAAAACAGGUUACACAAAUUAUGUACAGUACUAAAAACUGUUGAAUUUGAAUUUAACAUUCUUCUGUUUUGUGUUAGUUUUAAAGAUUUACCAUAUAGAUAAUUACAAAUGUAAAUAUAC